ACUGGGGACUGGAAUUUCCUUGGAGGCAUUCUGGAGGAAGUUCACAUCCACUCCACCAUAAUUGGAAAGAUCUGGCUCACCACCCUGUUCAUAUUCCAUAUGCUUGUUCGGGGUGCAGUAGCUGAAGAUGUCUGGAAUGAUGAGCAGUCUGGCUUCAUCUGUAGUACAAAACAACCUGGGUGCAGAAAUGUAUGCUAUGACCGGGCUUUUCCCAUCUCCCUCAGAUACUGGGUUCUGCAGGUGAUUUUUGCGUCUUUACCAUCCUUGGUCUACAUGGGCCAUGCUUUGUACUGACUAAGAAUUCUGGAGAAGAGGCAGAGGGAGAAAGUUCAACCAAGAGGAGAACUGGAGGGGGUAGAGUUUGAACUGUCUUGGGGUUGGAGGAGAUUGAAACAAGAACUUUAUCCUGGAUUUCAUAUAGAGCCUCUAUUUAAAUGCCAUGGAUAUCCAUGUCCAAAUAUAAUUGAUUGUUUUGUCUCAAGGCCAACAGAAAAGACAAUAUUCCUAUUAUUUAUGCAAUUCAUAGCCACUGUGUCACUUUUCUUAAAUGUCCUAGAAAUUUUCUACCUAGGCUUUAAAAAGAUUAAAAGAGGACUUUGGGGACAAAAUAAAUUGAAGGAUGAGCAUAAUGAAUUCUAUUCAAACAGGUCAAAACAAAAUCUUGCCAAAUACCAGAGCACAUCUGCAAAUUCACUGAAGCAACUUUCUGCACCUGAUUAUGAUCUGAGAGUGGAAGAGCAAACAUAUACAACAGUGUAUCCUAGAUUCAAUUCCUCUGCAUUUCAGGCAGAUCCUAACAAUCACAAUAGAAAUGAUGAGAAAUACAUUUUGGAUGAACAGGAAACUGUACCUUCUAAUGAGAUGUGCACACUUGGUACUACCUGUAGUCAUAUUCAACACAUUGGCUCAAGUACUAAUGAAAACACUCAUAAAAAACCUAGAAAAGGAAUUAAUGGUAACCAGUUAAGGAAAAAAAGAGAAACUGACAGCAAAGACAGCAAAAGAAACCAUUACGCUACAGGUCACUGUAUCAUUCUAGGUGUUGCUAUAGAUCUGGACAACCACGUGGGUCAAUCACCCCAAACAGUUUUCUCUCUGCCAGUUAACUGCAUCGGGGAACCAAGGUGGCUUCGUGCUACACAGAGUUCCUCUACAGAAGAUGAAAAUUGGGUGUCACCUCUGUCACCUCCUAAAAGUAGCCUCAAGAGUCAGUUCACAGAAGGCACAAUUAGAACCCUUUCUUCUUUACAAGGAGAAUUCCAACAAUUUGACAUUCCAGACACUGCUGAUUCUUUGGGAGAGCUGUCCUUGGGAUCUGAGUUGGUCAGAACCUGCAAUAAUCCUCCUACUGCUUGUCCUCCAAAACAUGUUGCCAACAAUCUCAUUAGUAGGUGGGCUCGGACAGACCUUCAGACCUGAACUGUUGGCUUUUAGACAUUCUGCAUAUUAUAUCAUCACAGAAGUAGCCUAGUGAGAGCGGAACACAGACAAAACAGAUAAGGACAGCUCUAAAGACCAGAUGUUAACAUGGGCAAAUGCAAAUCCAUUUUAAAAAGGGAAAAACAGUUCCAAUUCUGAAUUGUGAAGGAGUAGCUUUAAAAACAAUAGCAUAGAGUUACCAAAUCAAGAUUACUUUUUUCCGAGCUCCCUUGAGAAUUUGUGAAAACUGAGUUUGGGGAAAUCAUAUGUUCAGAAUUGAGACUAAAUGGAUUGGAACGAAGUUUUUCUCUGAAGGGGUCA